UUGAUACUCUCACAAUCAAAAAAGCGAAAUCCGACACGUCAAAAGAAUCCAACGAUGUUCAUGGGCAAGAUGCAACAGCCCAACACUGAUGAUGGUCGAACUUUUAUCGACCACGUUUGUCAAUGUAUCGAGUCACACUAUUGAUUGAAAUUCGAAUUCAGGAUCGGUACGACAGUGAUAAACUGAUAAUUACCUUCGUCAAUCUUGAUGGCUGGCUCUCUCACUUCUCUUUAUUUCUUAUGAAGGUGUUUUUUUUUUUUUUAAUUAACAAACAUUAAACAAAAUCUUGAAGAUAAGGCUAACAAUAAAAAUUUUAUACCCUUUGCAAUAAAUAUUUUCUAUUAUGAUUGUUGACUCAAAUAAUUUCUAAUCCACUGCCACAUUUUGAAAUUUCCCCAUUGGGUUUUGGCAGAACUGUACCUUGAUCUUGUUAUGACACUGAAACAACUGAGCUGACAACGCCGCCACUCUCCCUUUCCGCCCUAACCAAACAUAAAACUUCCUUCUGUCUCGAGGGUUUUAUACUUUUCUUUUCCCUCCUCUUCCUUCCUCAAUGGCUUCUUCCAUCUUAACUUCCUCCAAAUUUUCUCCUUUCUCUUCUCCUUCCAUCAAAUCCUCCCUUUUCCUUCCCUCUACUUCCCUUCCCUUCCCUUCUUCCAAAUCACCCAUCACUUUCCCUUCAUUUCCUUCCAAAUCAUUCACCAAACCCCUCCUCAUUUCCUCUUCUUUAAACCCUAAUCCUCCCUCCCCCCAUCGCCGGCCCCCCUAUAUUCCCAACCAUAUUCCGGACCCCAACUAUGUCCGUAUCUUCGACACCACCCUCCGCGACGGGGAACAAUCCCCCGGCGCCACCUUGACUUCCAAGGAAAAACUUGACAUUGCUCGCCAACUCGCAAAGCUCGGUGUAGAUAUAAUAGAAGCUGGGUUUCCCGCUGCCUCAAAAGACGAUUUUGAAGCUGUUAAGACUAUUGCUAAAGAGGUUGGGAAUGCGUCGGAUGAGAAUGGGUAUGUGCCUGUUAUUUGUGGACUUUCUAGGUGUAAUGAGAAGGACAUUAAGACAGCUUGGGAGGCGGUUAAGUAUGCGAAAAGGCCUAGGAUUCAUACGUUUAUCGCGACGAGUGGGAUUCAUUUGGAGUAUAAAUUAAGGAAGAGUAAAGAGGAGGUUUUGGAUAUUGCUAGGAGUAUGGUUCGUUUUGCUAGGAGUUUGGGUUGUGAUGAUGUCGAGUUUAGCCCUGAAGACGCUGGCAGAUCUGACAGAGAGUUUUUGUAUGAGAUUUUGGGUGAGGUGAUCAAGGCUGGAGCGACAACUCUGAACAUACCCGAUACUGUUGGCAUAACUAUGCCCAGCGAAUUUGGGCAAUUAAUUGCUGAUAUAAAAGCCAAUACCCCUGGAAUUGAGAAUGUUAUUAUUUCAACACACUGCCAAAAUGAUCUUGGGCUUUCUACUGCCAACACUAUAGCGGGAGCUUGUGCAGGUGCAAGACAAGUUGAAGUAACAAUCAAUGGUAUUGGGGAAAGAGCUGGAAAUGCUUCAUUAGAGGAGGUUGUGAUGGCCUUAAAAUGUCGUGGUGAACAUGCAUUAGGAGGCCUUUAUACAGGAAUCAAUACCCGACAUAUUGUGAUGGCUAGCAAAAUGGUUGAAGAAUACACGGGGUUGCAUGUGCAGCCACAUAAGGCUAUUGUUGGAGCCAAUGCUUUUGCUCAUGAAAGUGGUAUUCACCAGGAUGGAAUGCUAAAGCACAAAGGUACAUAUGAAAUUAUAUCUCCUGAAGAUAUCGGGCUUGAACGGUCCAAUGAAGCUGGUAUUGUCCUUGGAAAACUUAGUGGACGUCAUGCUUUGAGUGACCGAUUGAAAGAGCUUGGUUAUGAGCUUGAUGAUGAACAGCUUGGGAACAUAUUCUGGCGCUUCAAAGCAGUAGCUGAACAAAAGAAGAGAGUCACUGAUGCUGAUCUAAUAGCAUUGGUUUCGGAUGAAGUUUUUCAGCCAGAAUUUGUUUGGAAGCUUCAUGAUCUGCAGGUUACUUGUGGAACUCUUGGUCUUUCUACUGCAACAGUUAAACUCAUUGAUGCUGAUGGGAGAGAGCAUGUUGCUUGCUCGGUUGGAACUGGACCAGUAGAUUCAGCUUAUAAAGCUGUUGAUCUUAUUAUAAAGGAACCAGUUUCACUACUUGAGUACUCCAUGAAUGCUGUUACAGAAGGCAUUGAUGCAAUAGCCACCACCCGCGUUCUAAUUCGUCCAGAGAAAAGUCACAUAUCGACUCAUGCUUUGACUGGUGAACUCGUUCAACGAACAUUUAGUGGCACUGGGGCAGGAAUGGAUAUUGUUGUUUCCAGUGUCAAGGCUUAUAUCGGCGCAAUAAAUAAAAUGUUGGGAUUCAAGGAACAAUAUCCAACAAAGGCUUCUACAGAAAGGACACCAGUUUCUGCUUAAGGAGUAAAGUAGCAUCAUCAGGUAAGUUUUGUGACUACAUGUGCUCCCUAUUCAUCAUGCAGUAGUGACAAUGCUUUGAAAGGUUUUUGUCUACAAGUUUCAGAGACAACUGUUCAUCAAAAUUUUGCAAUUUUUGUGUGAUGACAAGUUUGUCACUAGCUCUGUAUCUCUGAACUGAACCUUUUUUCUGUUCAUUCAUUUUCUUUGUUGUACGUAAAGAUUUUGAGCUACAUAACGCGAGGUAAUCUUUUUCAAUUGCAUAAAUCUCAUCGUAUUUAUGUCAAUAUUUGAACUCAAAGAUUGACUAAACUGAAUCUCGAGUUCUAAUCAUUGAGAUGCCCCUUCGGAAAUUGUUUAGUCGUUUUCGUUUAAACUCAAACAAGUUGUUUACUGUAGAGUUUUGCAUUGAAUAAGCCUGUAAUCACAUUAAACCUCACUUCCAAGGAUCAUUUUUAAGGUCAAUUAUGCUCAACAUUUUGUUUGUGUUGUGUUAAAUAUAAAAAA